ACUUCCAUGGCUCCUUGUUACAUUCUUCCUGCCACAGACGAGGAGCGUGGUUUACCUAAAAUCCUACAGCUCUUGGAUGUUUCAGUUGACAGAAUUCCUUUUUUAUUUAAUUGCAUGUUCUGCUUGCUUCUGCUGAGUAAAGCCUGGGAAGGAGAAUUGGAUAUUACAGUUCCUGUGUUUCUGUUAGUGGUAGAGUAUUGCCAUGGAGCCCUCCCUGCAGAGGCUGGAGCCUCUUUGAGGAUGACUAUGGAUGAGAAAUAUGUGAACAGCAUUUGGGAUCUUCUGAAAAAUGCAAUCCAAGAGAUCCAGCGUAAGAACAAUAGCGGUCUCAGUUUUGAGGAGCUGUAUAGGAAUGCAUAUACAAUGGUGUUACAUAAACAUGGUGAAAAACUCUACACUGGACUAAGAGAAGUGGUCACUGAGCAUCUAAUAAACAAGGUGCGAGAAGAUGUGUUAAACUCCUUGAAUAACAACUUUCUACAAACACUAAACCAAGCGUGGAACGAUCAUCAAACAGCAAUGGUGAUGAUUAGAGACAUUCUGAUGUAUAUGGACCGUGUGUAUGUGCAACAAAAUAAUGUGGAGAACGUCUACAAUUUGGGCUUGAUUAUUUUUCGAGAUCAAGUAGUUCGCUACGGCUGCAUUAGGGAUCACCUGCGGCAAACUCUGCUGGAUAUGAUUGCAAGAGAAAGGAAAGGAGAAGUUGUAGACAGAGGCGCAAUAAGAAAUGCUUGCCAGAUGUUAAUGAUUCUAGGUCUUGAAGGAAGGUCAGUCUAUGAAGAAGACUUUGAGGCUCCAUUUUUGGAGAUGUCUGCAGAAUUUUUUCAGAUGGAAAGUCAAAAAUUUUUAGCUGAAAACAGUGCUUCUGUAUAUAUAAAGAAAGUAGAAGCUAGAAUUAAUGAAGAAAUAGAACGGGUGAUGCAUUGUCUGGAUAAAUCAACAGAAGAACCUAUUGUGAAAGUUGUUGAGAGGGAGCUUAUUUCCAAGCAUAUGAAAACUAUAGUGGAAAUGGAGAACUCUGGGCUAGUUCAUAUGCUGAAAAAUGGGAAGACAGAAGACCUUGCUUGCAUGUACAAGUUGUUCAGCCGUGUGCCAAAUGGUCUGAAGACGAUGUGCGAGUGCAUGAGCUCAUACCUGCGAGAGCAGGGCAAAGCACUAGUGUCUGAAGAGGGAGAAGGAAAGAAUCCAGUUGACUAUAUUCAGGGUUUACUGGAUUUGAAGAGUAGGUUCGAUCGCUUCCUUCAAGAAUCUUUCAAUAACGAUCGACUCUUCAAACAGACUAUUGCGGGUGACUUUGAGUACUUCCUCAACCUCAACUCCAGGUCUCCAGAGUACCUCUCAUUAUUUAUUGAUGAUAAGCUGAAAAAGGGAGUCAAGGGACUAACAGAGCAAGAAGUAGAAACUAUAUUGGAUAAGGCAAUGGUUUUAUUCAGGUUUAUGCAAGAGAAAGAUGUUUUUGAACGCUAUUACAAGCAGCACUUGGCAAGAAGACUUCUCACCAACAAGAGUGUUUCAGAUGACUCUGAGAAAAACAUGAUAUCCAAAUUAAAGACUGAAUGUGGAUGUCAGUUCACAUCUAAACUGGAAGGAAUGUUCAGGGACAUGAGCAUCUCAAAUACAACGAUGGAUGAGUUCAGGCAACAUCUUCAGGCAACAGGGGUCUCAUUAGGUGGUGUUGAUCUUACAGUGCGUGUCCUCACAACAGGUUACUGGCCUACCCAGUCAGCCACACCAAAGUGUAACAUCCCUCCAGCUCCCAGACACGCUUUUGAAAUAUUUAGAAGAUUUUAUUUAGCCAAACAUAGUGGGCGACAGCUGACACUCCAGCAUCACAUGGGUUCUGCAGAUCUCAAUGCCACUUUCUAUGGGCCUGUCAAAAAGGAAGAUGGCUCAGAAGUUGGCGUAGGAGGUGCCCAAGUAACUGGCUCAAAUACACGGAAGCACAUAUUGCAAGUGUCCACUUUCCAGAUGACGAUAUUAAUGCUCUUUAACAACAGAGAAAAAUACACAUUUGAGGAAAUUCAACAAGAAACUGAUAUCCCCGAAAGAGAACUGGUUAGAGCCCUACAGUCCCUUGCAUGUGGCAAACCAACACAACGUGUUCUCACAAAAGAGCCUAAAUCAAAAGAAAUAGAAAAUGGUCAUAUAUUUACAGUGAAUGAUCAGUUCACAUCUAAGCUACACAGGGUCAAGAUUCAGACGGUUGCUGCCAAACAAGGAGAAUCUGAUCCAGAAAGGAAAGAAACAAGGCAGAAAGUAGAUGAUGACAGAAAACAUGAGAUAGAAGCUGCUAUAGUUCGGAUAAUGAAAUCUAGAAAGAAGAUGCAACACAACGUGCUAGUAGCAGAGGUAACUCAGCAGCUGAAGGCCCGAUUCUUACCAAGUCCAGUUGUUAUUAAAAAACGUAUUGAAGGACUUAUUGAGAGAGAAUAUUUGGCACGAACACCUGAGGAUCGCAAAGUAUACACUUACGUAGCAUAAAAUGCGUUCAGAAAAUUUGAUUUAUUCUUGGACUAUACUCUUCGCAUGAACUGGGAAGUUCUUUUAAAUCAUUAAUAUUAAGACGACCAUCUCUUCUAUGAAAUUACAGUACAUGUUCUAGACCAUUCGGAUCAAGCCUUUUACUCCUUUUGAGAGUUUUCAACCUGAAUUGAUUGAGCUUCAGGCUUUUCAACGUUAUCCCUGUAGAGAUCAUCCUUACAAUUCUUCGGGAAAAUGUGAAUGUGCCGCGUUUGUUUUCAAUACUGUAUGAAAACAGAGAAAUAAAAACAAAUUUAGAAAAUACAGCUCAUUUAAAAAAAUAAAAUUGUUGGAAUUUCAUUUCCCCAGAU